AUAUCACUGACAAUUUAUUUAUUUUUUUACUUUUUUUUAAAGACGUACUAAAAGUUAAGUAAUUAACAUGUCCACUCAUGUGAUUGUUAAACUUAGCACCAGAUGGUUCCGAUUAGGUUUAGUUUUGUUUGUAGAUUUUUUGUAAACUAGAUUAGUACUUUGAUUUGACACAAGAUAGCACAAUUAUGGAAAGAGCUUCUAGCCCCUACAGCCAUAACAGCAUACCGGAAUCGUUAGAAGAAAAAUAUCACACUAAUUACAUAUAUGACCAGGCCCCAAGAGUUGAGUGCGAUGAUCAGUUUCACAGACCGUUCACCUACUUUGAUCACGUCAACAGGACACCGUAUGAAGACCUGGAGGCAAAGUCUUCAGGCUCAUCGAUCACCUUUCUCUCUAAUUCAAUACCGUCACAAGAGUUUUUCUUUCCCUAUCAAUGUGACAAAACUGGCCAACCAAAACGCAUGGAUGUGUCUAAAGGCUUUUACAGGAGAGAGCACAAAACGGACAAAAGAAUAUUAUGGGAGAAAUAUAGAAGACAACGCUUAUGGAAGAAACUUAAUGAUAGAGUACGCUACAACAGAGCUCUACUCCCAGAGAUAAUCGGAAAAAUAAAGAGUUCAGAAUCGCUUACCUACACUGAGGCAGACCUAAACAGAAUAAGAAUACCAAGAUAUGAAGGUCCCGAGAGGCAACUCCAUCUUCAAAGUCUUCCGGACAUAUACAAGCAUGUGAGAGGGAUUAAGCCGUCUAAGAAGUUCAAAAGACAGCCCUUGAAGACCGGUCUGUGGCCGUCCGUCCGUCAUUUUGAGGACUCCGAAGGUUCGAUCUGGAGCUUCCAAGCCGAAGACGAUGUCAAAUCGCAUCCAAUUAAAAAUGCAACUUCAAAAGAGAUUCCAAUGAAGCGUGACACAAAAUUGUCUAUCGGCCAACCCAGGUCGUCCAUAUAUUUAUCGGUGGACGGGUUUAACGAAUCGAAAGAUGGGAAAGAUGGCAAAUUGGAAAGUAUCGCGUCGUCGAAACCCGAAAGUACGACUAAACCGGAAGAAGUUCCCACCGAACAGAAGUGGGACGUCUGUUCUAACAGAGAAACCCCGUCCAACUCUUCGUCAGAUUCCGAUUUGGAUAUUUCGAGUAUGACGGGGGAACCGAGUACAGUCGAUGAUAGUUCGGUGACGUCGGAAUCGAUAGAAUUGCCUCUUUUAGUUACCAAUCGACAUAUCUAUUCGUCCAGCAGUAUCGAACAGCUCAACAAACACAAAAACACCGAGACUAGCAAAGAACACUUGGAAAUGUGUUUGAAGGAGUAUCUGGUCAAUUUUACAGAAAAGGAGGUAGAGGAAGUUUACCGGAAAAUCAUGAGCGAUGCACAUUCUUCAAAAUCGGUUCAUUUGCAAGAAGAAAACUUGCCGAGCGGUGCUGAGCGUAAGGAACCAGUUUGUCCAAAACUCGCCCAAUCCGUAGCAGAUGACAAAGGUUACAAGAAAAAGGUAAGCUGCACCCAUUUUUCUCAGCUUCCUGAUGAAAGUACUGUUGAAUCUAUUUCGUCCCAAGAAGAGCGGACUGUUCAGUUUCCUCAUCCACUAACUAUCAAUGAUUUGAAUAACAUGAUAUUGGUAGACACGGAGAAGAUUCCAGACUUCGAAAGCCACUUACCUCCGGAUAAAAUUAAUUUACCCUCUCUCAAAAGAAAGUUAUUCUCUCAUAAAAGGAAGCACGCCUUUUCGCUUAAAAAUUCAAAGAAUAUGAAAUACAGUUUGAAGAUAACCCAUAAACUGGUACCGGAGCCGUUUUCAGGUAGAGUUUUCUCGCAUAAAAAGCCGCUGUUUACUUUAGAUCUUGAAGACGUGAUAGUACAAUCGGCGUAUCGGCCCAUCAAUCAGUACGCAGGGGAAAUCGUCACAAGGCUUCAACUUCCUAUAGAACAAAUGAGAUUGUUGGAUGAUCAGUCUAGCGUGACGUCGAUAAGCGAAGACGAGCAGGGAGAAGAGAAUUACGUUCUCAAGUUGCGGAAAGAAGUUCAGCGUCGUGAAAUGCAAAGGGCCGAGAUGCGGCUGAGCCCGCAGUAUACAACAAAGUACCUAGGUCCGAAAAUGGGUACCACCUUAUUGAAGCGCCAGCAACUGAACCGUAUCACAAAAGAAUACACCCACCAAGUGCUGGACAGAUCGGAUCGGAAGGUUUACUCCAGAGACCUCACGGUCGCAAUGCGAGACGGUAGACUGAAAUUCAAAAUGGGCAUCGCAGGCACCAGCGAAUAUUUAGACGAAGCCGACGACACAAUCGAAUUUUUCACCAUGCCUCCGAUAUUCCAUACCACCUUCGAAUUGGACGCUAAUGCCCAGUGGAUUGAACCAAAUGCGGAAAGGAGAAGCAGCGAAGAAAGUGCUGAUAUAAACCUGUUUCGUUCGGUAUUGACAGAACAGUACGAGGCUGAAGCAAAGAGUGCAGAAGAAGCAAAACAGGAUUCCAAAGGGGUCAAUUUCAAGUCAACUAAGCGCAAAUCAAUAUCAAAAUCGCCGUCAUCGUAUCCAAACGAAAAUGACUCCUUACACGGCCAAAUGUCGGUAACUAAAAACGUUAGUGACGAUUUUAUACAAAAUGUCGGUAUUUCUAAAGGUUUAAAACAAAGAGCGCCAAUGCCGAUGCAUUGUUGGAUAAAAGCCAAAAAGGAUAUCAGAAAACUGCUAAAAUUUAAAAUUGAAAGGCCGCAACAAACAGAGGAUGAUGAAGAGUCGUAUGUCUUUAAAAAGAAGCGUUUCAGCCACAAAACGUCUGUGAUGAAUCUACGACAGUUCAUCAGAGAGCAGGAGUUCAAUUAUCCUUUAGAUAUUGCUUUAGAAACGGAAAAGCUCUACGAAAAUAUGAAAAUCGACUCAUUUUACGAUUCCGAUAAUAAUUUGCAAUUCUACUACCCUUACGACAGCCAUCUUUCUUACAAGCCGGGAGUUGUAAACAUAGAUUACAUGGCACUUUUAUUUGAGGAGAGGCAGAGAAGUAUCGCUUCUUCCUCAGAAGCAGAAGAAGACGAAGGGCCGUCGGACAACGAUUCUCAGUGGAACGUGAGAAAGGUUUAUCACCAAGAAGCACCGAUUUUAUCAGAUCGCGACUCAGAAUCGUUCGACGAAGACGUGAUACUAAUCUGCGACUGCCCAGAUGCGACAAAAAUCGGAGUAGAAUCUGUAGGGUCGGAUUCGGACAAAUCAGUCUCUCUCAUGUUCAAAAUGUUUAUGAGGGAUAAUCCCGGGCAAGGAUUCGAGGACGCGUACACCACGUGCAGGGCGAAUAUCUUUAAAACUAUAGAAGGUACGACAAAAGGUGGCGAUACCGAACAGAUCGUUUUUAUGGCCGACAAAAAGGAUUCCGACGAGAAACUAUACACAGGUGAUAAAGACAACGACAACGAUAGCGACGAAUCGAACGUCAGUGUAGAACUUAAAAAGAACAUGCGCCUAAAAUACAUAGAGAAACUCAGAGGCGCCAGUGUUGGGGAAAUAGCCAAGAAACAGGUUGCAGCCGAUGAAAAGUCCAAAAUGGGCGUGAUGAAACAAAUAACAAAGUCGGCUAUUAAAAAAAUCGGCAUCGCUGAUGACAGCGGUACGAUAGUUAGUUCAACCGAUUCGACUAUCGGUAUGUCUCAGGCCCAUUUGUCGGGCAAUUAUUCGAUAAGUAUCGAUCCUCUUGACAACGCCGCUACGCAGGAAGUUGAAGUAGAAAAGCCUUUCAUUCACGAGGAGUUUGUCAAAGCGAAAUCCUCUUCGUCCUCAAUGUCAACCGGAGAGUAUCGAAUCGAAAACGGAUUACCCGUGAAGCAAGUUAUAAAAAAGCGUCUCAACAGGGGCUACAAUACCCUGUUAAGAGUUUUAGUAAAGACUGAAAUGACACAUUUGAACAGGAUGCGUUUCAAGAGCACUUUUAACAAACCUUACAAAUGUUUAAAUAUAUGGAGCCGAACAAACAGAGCAAUUAAAACGUUCCAGAAGAAAUCUGAGAAGCCCUUGGAUAAGAAUGCUGUACUUCCUUUAAGUGAGUUUCCACCUUUAGUAUCCAACAGUCAGAUAGCUGAGACAGAAAUUGCAAAGAAAUUUAAUGAAAAUAUCGGUAGUUUUGAAGUUCAAGUGAACAAUAUUAUAAACAAAAACACCUUUGGGAACAUACAAUCCUUACCCGAGUCCGCGUUAGUGCCAAAGGUUCCUACCAAAGAGCCCAAAAUUGUCAAUCUUAGAUGGCAUUAUUUUCCUGCGAUGCAAGCCAAGAGAUUUGAAGGGUAUGAAAAAGGGCCGAUCGCAGAUAAACUCAGGGAAUCUUUUGAUCAAGACUUACUGUACAGCCUGGUUAAAGUAUUAGAAGUGCCAGGGCAGGAAACAAACGAUCAGCCCAGACCAGCCGGACGCGAAGACCGAUUAUCAGUGGUAUCUUCCUCAGAAAUAAUCGUACAGGAAGUGGUGGCCAAACCUGGAAGAAAAAAAACGGAGAUACAGCACGGCGGUGGAAUAAGUUUGGUCGAUGAUCCAAAGAUCGUCGAAACUUAUCUGAAAGAGAUGCAGAGGAUGGAUAAGUUAGACAAACGAUCUAAGACGGGUGAAGUUAAAGCCAAAGGGAAACGACCUUUUACCCACAUCAAGAAUUUUGCACGGCAUUCUUUGUUUAUGCAAGCGACAGAACAUGCGGACAACGAAAAGCUAUUCAAAUGGAACGACUGUAUAAAAUGUUGGAUCGCGAAAUUUUCUGACAUUAGAAAUCUUAUAGUGCCCUAUUUACGGAUGGAGAGAAGAAACAUAAACCAAAUGGUAAUCAAAUGCUCCCAUGAAAACGACAAUUCGCAAUUCAAUUCGACUAUUGAUAUGGAGGCCAAAAAGAAAUCUGCACAGUACAACAUGGACUGGAUUUUCUCAAAAAAAAUGAGAUUCCCGACGCUGUCCUCUCUCUACAAAAUACAAGACAAGCAGCUGUUCUGUGUUAAGAACCCCUACCACGAACCGUACCUGUAUAAAAUCAAAGAGAUGCAUCUCGGUAUGAAGAUCGGGAGGUACCUGAAGAAGGAGCACGGCAUACAGGCCCAAGACAUCAUACCGCCGGAAAUGAUUCUCUCUUACAAACACGAAAAGUCCAUUUUCAUGUAUCCCGGCAUCCAUUUCCUUCCUCUGGAAAUCUUCGACAACCAGUCGUACGACAUUAGGUAAUUCUUUGCCAUACUCAAAUUCCGAACAAUAUUUUCAAUAUUAUCUUGAAAUUCAAUAACUGUUAACGAUAAUUCUUGAAAAUUUGAAAAUCAAAAAUAACUAAUAACUAACAACUAGCAACUGUUCAACGUUUUAAACUGUCUGUUCGUUAUUCUUUUGUUUUCUCUCUGGAG